AUGAUGUUUGGUGAGCAUUCUAAAAUGCAGUUCAUAGAACAAACAAGAGCUGCAAGAAUAGAAAGAGCAAAUGAUCGUAAACGUGAGCAAUCUGCUAUCCUCGUUCAAUCUUGGAUCAGAGGAUGGCUAGUUCGCAAACGCACUCGAAACUUAAUCCUGCAACAAUUUGAUGAAACGUUUGAGAAUAUCAAUGAUUUGAAACCUGCUAUUACUGUUUAUUUAUCUGUGAAAAAAUGUUUGACUUAUUGGGAUGAAAAGAGAGAAAAACAAAGAUUUGAAAAACUCUGCAGAUAUAUAAUUCUUAGUCUGGAAUGUGAUGCAAUCAAACGUAGCUACAUAUCUGUAGCUUUGACUAGUGAGCAUGCAGUUAACUGGAUAAGUCAUGUCAAAGAAAUUCUGUCUAUUUGCCUAAUUUAUCUUACUAAACUUCAGCCCAAAUCAUUAGAAGAUUCUUCUUUUUUACACACCUUACUUCACAUGAUUGUAUCUUUUACAUCAACAUCAAGAUGGUCUGCCAUACAUUCAAAUAUUUCUUUGCAAGGAUUAAAACCUGGAUUAGAGCGUUUAACAGAAAAUUUGAUUGCACAUUUAUUGAAUAAAAAUGUGUUUAACACUAUGCAGACAUUGCUAAUAACUGGUUUAUCGGGCAUUAAAAUCUUAUUAAAACCUGUAGCUAUGACAGCUAUAAUGACUAUUUGCUGGAGAUGUUUAGUUUUGAGCAACUUUUCAACUAAUAUUUUCCAACUAUUUGUAAUAAAGAUUUAUUCUAUACCUUUAUUGGUAGAGCAUUUGAUAUCUCUCUCGCCUAAAAUUAUUGAAACAUUUAAUUCUGUUAAUCUACUUGAGAAGAUAAUGCAGUUAUUAAAUGAUCAAAAUCAAUGUGAUGAAAUAUUUCAUUGUUUACAUCCAAGUUGGUCUUUGUCAUUAAUUGCAAACAUUGUGCAUUUAGCUGAAUUAUGCGCAGAAACAGAUGAAUUUGAAAAUAAUUCUACAUCUGUUUUUAUUGUUGGCUUAACAACAUUUUUGGAUACUAUUAGAGUAAAUGUAGUGAAAAAACAUUCAAAUGUAUCUAGCGUUUGGCAUCCUGAACUUGGUUGGUUCACAGCAAAUUCAAAUUGUCAAUGUUCUCCUAAUAUACCACCUUUGAAAAAUCAAUUAAUUCCAUUAUGGUGUGGAACUUUAUGUUCCAAGUUACUUCGGUGUCAUCUAAUUAAUGCUUUAGCACAAAUACCCGAAAAUCAACAAGUACCAUCACCUCCUCCUAAAACAAAUAACCCUAUAGCAAUAAUCAAAAAAGCAUUUGAUUUGAGACUAUCCAGUACCAGUCAAUCAAGUUAUAAACUUACUGGAGUUCAUGGUACAAAGGUAGUUGCUGCUUGCAACUUAUAUUUUACAUGCCUUAAGACAAUCACACAACUUAGACUGGACAUAAUAACUGGUUUAUGUUAUCACGAGGACACAUUGUAUUUAUUAUGGAGGUUUUUGGCAUUUUUAGAUUCUCAUUGUGGUCUUAAGAACCUAUUGGAUAUUUUAGAAUGUGAUAAAAAUUGCAAUUCAGGAGAAUCGCGCAUGUUACAACUAUUCUGUGAUAGUAUGUCACAUUACAUAAUAAUUCUUGAUGAUAUAGAAAUGUACGAGCAACAAAAACCAUUUGUGAUGCGUGACUACAUUUUAAUGUCUAGUUUUUUGAACAUAUUUCUUUAUAAAGGAAUAUCUCAGAAUUUAUUUAAUAUUCAAGAUAUAACUUCUUCAUCAUAUAGCUUGUUUCGAUCUUGUCGCACUCUUUUAAUGGUACUUUAUCGCAGGGAUUGUCGUAGAUCAUUUGCACCUGCAGGACACUGGCUGAUUGGUGAUCAUAAAACUUCUUCAUUUUUUAAUGAACUUAAAAAGGGUCGUAAAAUAUACUCGAUUUUAAUUCAAGAAAUCCCUCAUAUAGUUUCUCAUGAAACACGUGUUCGAUUAUUUAGAAAAUAUGUUUCUCGUGAAAAGUUUGCUUUGGGUGUACAUGAAUUACAUGAUAAUGAAAAUUUCAUGCCACCAAUAAUUACAAUACGGAGGAAUCGAAUAAUUGAAGAUGGUUAUACAUACGUCUCUGAAUUGCCACUGAAACGUUUCAAAGGUGUAAUUAGAGUAAAAUUCAUAAAUGAACAGGGAUUAGAUGAAGCAGGAAUUGAUCAAGAUGGUGUAUUUAAAGAAUUUCUUGAAGAAACUAUAAAAAGAGUAUUUGAUCCAUCAUUAAAUUUAUUUCGUACUACAGAUGAACAAAGGUUAUAUCCAUCGCCUUCAUCUCAUAUUCAAGAAAACCAUUUGAACUUAUUUGAAUUUGUUGGUCGCAUAUUGGGUAAAGCUGUUUAUGAGGGUAUUGUUGUUGACGUUCCAUUUGCAUCAUUCUUUUUAAGUCAAUUAUUAGGUCAAACUCAAGAGCUACUAUAUAGUUCAAUGGAUGAGUUGCCGUCAUUAGACAAUGAAUUGUAUAGAAAUUUAACAUCUGUUAAACAUCAUGAGGGCGAUGUUUCAGAUUUAGAUUUGACUUUUUCAGUAGUUGAUAAUCACCUUGGUGAAUUAACUACUCAUGAUCUUAUACCCGGUGGAAGAGUCAUAUCAGUUACUAAUCAAAACAAGAUUAAUUAUGUGCAUUUAAUGGCACAUUAUGUAAUGCAUACUCAGAUCAAAGCACAAACAGCAGCUUUUAUCAAAGGGUUUAAAUAUGUAAUAAAUCCUGAAUGGUUAUCAUUAUUUUCUACUCCAGAACUUCAAAAACUGAUAUCUGGAGACAACGCUCCUAUUGAUUUGCUUGAUCUCAGAAGAACCCCACAAUAUUAUGGAGGAUUUCAUGACUCACAUCGUGUGAUUAUGUGGUUGUGGGAAGUUCUUCAAAAAGACUUCACAGAAAAAGAAAGAUCACUUUUCCUGAAAUUUGUAACAAGUUGUUCAAAACCACCUUUACUUGGAUUUGCAUACUUGGAGCCUCCAUUUUCCAUAAGAUGUGUUCAAGUAGCAGACGAUGAAGAUUUUGGUGACACACUUGUUAGUGUUAUUCGAGGAUUCUUCACUAUUCGUAAAAAGAUCCAAAUCUUAGACUUCCUUCAGCAUCUACGUGUUUCAACUUGCUCAAGCUUCCAAACUAUCAGAAAAAAAGUAUUCUUAGAGACAAACUUAGGUAUGCAAUUUCAUCAAAUACUGGAUUCGAACUGUCAUGAAUUUUGUUAG